UCAUAAGGCGAGCCUUUGCUACAGUGUGUCGCUCGAUGGCGGGAUGUUUGUGAUCUAAAUGGCUGCAGGAGCAGAUUCUUGUUUUCUGGGGUUCGAUUUCAGCACGCAACAGCUGAAAGUUGUCGCUGUUGAUGGAAAUCUUGAGGUGAUUCACCAAAACAGCGUCCAGUUCGACAGCGAGCUGCCCGAGUUCAGGACUCAUGGAGGAGUUCAUAUCCACGAAGAUAAACUGACGGUCACGUCUCCAGCGCUCAUGUGGGUGAAGGCGCUGGAUGUUCUUCUGGAGAAAAUGAGAAACACUGGUUUUGAUUUCUCUCGUGUCAAAGCCAUCUCAGGCAGUGGACAGCAACAUGGCAGUGUGUUCUGGAGGAAGGGUGCGAGACGAACCCUGAAUCAUCUGGACCCACGGAAACAUCUACACCAUCAGUUACAGGAGUGUUUUGCGGUGCGGGACAGUCCGGUGUGGAUGGACUCGAGUACUUCAGAUCAGUGUCAGUGUCUGGAGACAGCAGUAGGAGGAGCUCAACGCCUCGCAGACAUCACCGGCUCACGAGCGUACGAGCGCUUCACUGGAAAUCAGAUUGCCAAGAUUUAUCACUCGAAACCGAAGGAAUUCAGUGAGACGGAGACUGCACUGAAUCUCUCACAGUCUGAUGUAUGUUUACUGGCCGUUUGUUUGUCUUUCUAUGAAGGCUCGGGGAUGAAUCUGAUGGAUAUAUUUGAGAAGCAGUGGUCUCAGGUUUGUCUGGACGCCGCAGCGCCGCAGUUAGCCGAGCGACUCGGAGACCUGACGCCGUCGACAGCCGUUCUGGGCUGUGUGUCUCUGUAUUACACUGAACGCUAUGGGUUUGCAGAGAGCUGUAACGUGGUGGCCUUCACUGGAGACAAUCCUGGAUCUCUGGCUGGUAUGAGGCUAAAGGAAGGAGAUCUAGCGGUGAGUUUGGGCACCAGCGAUACAGUUUUCCUGUGGAUCCGGGGCCCCAGACCCAGCGUAGAGGGCCACAUCUUCUGUAACCCGGUGGACUGCAGCGCAUACAUGGCUUUGAUCUGCUUUAAAAACGGCUCUUUCACACGAGAGCGGAUCCGUGACGAAUGUGCUGGAGGAUCAUGGGAGCGUUUCUCCAGCGCUAUGAGAGCCACACCGAUGGGAAACAAUGGGAAUUUAGAACUAGAUAAUCAGGUCUUAUCUGUAAAACCUUGUGUUUUGGUUCUGUUCUCGUGCUGAUGGGCGGCUCGCGUCUUUGUGUUCGCUCUCGCUCAGGUCGCCUCGUUUGAGCGCGAGAUGGAAAUCCGAGCUCUGAUUGAAGGACAGUUCCUGGCCAAACGAGUUCAUGCAGAAAAACUGGGCUACAAGAUCAUUGCUGGUACACGAGUGCUGGCCACAGGAGGAGCGUCAUCCAACAAGGACAUUUUACAGGUUCUGUCUGACGUCUUCAGCACUCCGGUUUACACCAUCGACGUGACAAACUCGGCCUGUCUGGGCUGCGCUUACAGAGCCUUACAUGGUCUGGAGGCAGAAGCAGGAGCAUCUUUCACAGAGAUGCUCAGAAACGCUCCAGAACCGCAGCUGGCCGUCAGACCCGCGCCGGGAGCGCAAGAGGUUUACGCGCCGCUGAUGCUCAGAUACGCAGCGCUGGAGGAUCAGCUUCUCAAAGAUCAUCAGAAAUCACUGCAUCUGCUGUGAGACCUCUUCAUACGGCUGAAUAUAAUACUCAUGCAUUAUAUUCAUACAACACGUCUACAAAUCAUUCCUUUGAUUCGUUUUAAAGCGUACUUUAAAAGUCAGAUUUUAUAAUUAUCAAAAUAUUGUUUUACUAAAAUUUUGUAGUUAUAUAAUAAAUAAGUGAUGCUAUUAACUAGUGAAAUAAAUCGCAAUGAAUACAUUUUUGUAGUAAUGCAUUAACAUCUUAACUACAAAUUAAACAUUGAAUGCAUGAAGUUAUACAUGUGAAGUUGAUUUUAAUGCAUUAGUAAACAUUCAAUCUGUCUUGAUAAACAUGUGAAUCGUAAUCAGAUGCACAUAUUCAUGACCUGCUGUAAAGGGACUCGGUUUCAUAAUAAAGACCUGUUUACACGUGUGUUUGUGUGGAUUUAUCUGUGCACGCGUG